AUGGCGGCAUCAUCAUCGGCGAGGGAAGAGUUUGUCUACCUAGCGAAGCUCGCUGAGCAGGCGGAACGUUACGAGGAGAUGGUUGAAUUCAUGGAGAAAGUCGCUGAAGCUGUUGACAAAGACGAACUCACCGUCGAGGAACGAAACCUCCUCUCCGUCGCUUACAAAAACGUCAUCGGUGCUCGUCGUGCUUCAUGGCGUAUCAUCUCCUCCAUUGAACAGAAAGAAGAGAGCCGUGGCAACGAUGACCAUGUAACCACGAUCCGUGAAUACAGAAGCAAGAUCGAAACCGAGCUCUCCAAAAUCUGCGAUGGUAUUCUUAAGCUUCUCGAUACCAGGCUUAUUCCGGCUUCUGCUGCUGGAGAUUCCAAGGUUUUCUACCUUAAGAUGAAGGGAGAUUACCAUAGGUACUUGGCUGAGUUUAAGACCAGUCAGGAGAGGAAAGACGCCGCUGAGCAUACUCUUACCGCUUACAAAGCCGCUCAGGACAUUGCUAAUUCCGAGCUUGCUCCAACCCACCCGAUUCGUCUUGGUCUGGCUUUGAACUUCUCUGUCUUUUACUAUGAGAUUCUCAACUCCCCAGACCGUGCCUGCAAUCUCGCUAAGCAGGCAUUUGAUGAAGCAAUCGCCGAGUUGGACACUCUAGGUGAAGAGUCAUACAAGGACAGUACUUUGAUCAUGCAGCUUCUCCGUGACAACCUUACUCUCUGGACUUCUGACAUGCAGGACGAAGGAACUGAGGAGAUCAAAGAAGCAGCAGCACCAAAGCCUGCUGAAGAACAGAAGGAGACCUAA